GGCACCGCCCCACCCAGCACCGCCCCGCUGAGGGGGCCGCGGGAUGGGUGGCCCCCGACCCGACCGGGCCCAGCCCGGCCAGGGCCACCUCCCCUCAGCAGCAGCAGCACCACCCCUCAGGAGAGGGGGCGGGCCGCGGGGCUGGGCCGUGACGGCCGCCGUUCCUCCCCACCGCCCCCUCGCCAGGUGAAUUCCCGUGAGUGCAUGGAGGUGUUUUUUAAUCAGUCCUGAUGCGCAUACACUGCUGUCUAAAAUGAGGUUCCCAGGAUACAGCUGAAAUGCAGAAAGAAAUUCUGGAUCCCAAAUGAGAAGCAUCUUGCAUCUUCCUCUAAAACACCAUUGAAAGCUAUUUUUUAUCCUGGCUAGGUUACAAGCUCCUUAACUGCCCUCUUCAAAAUGCUGAUGAAAAUGCUUACUUGAUGUCAUCUUGUACUAAUCAUGACUGCCUUGAUCAAAACUGAAACUGCAGCCUAGAGUUCAUCAGAAACCAUUUCUUAUUAAAAAGAUAAACCAUGCAGGGAGAUGAAGCACAAUUACGGUCAAAAAUCACAGUGUUUGUUUGAUGAGCACAGUGGCAAGCAUGCGGUUUUAAAGCAGCUAAAUGGAGUCUGAGCAGCUGUUUCAUAGAGGCUACUAUCGAAACAGUUACAACAGUAUAACUAGUGCAAGCAGCGAUGAGGAGCUUUUAGAUGGAGCAGGUGUAAUUAUGGACUUUCAGACCUCUGAAGAUGACAACCUCUUGGAUGGUGAUGCAUCAGUUGGAACUCAUUAUACAAUGACAAAUGGAGGAAGUAUCAACAGUUCAACACAUUUACUGGAUCUUCUGGAUGAACCAAUUCCUGGAGUAGGAACAUAUGAUGACUUCCAUACCAUUGACUGGGUUCGAGAGAAGUGCAAAGACAGAGAAAGGCACAGACGGAUUAACAGCAAGAAGAAAGAAUCAGCAUGGGAGAUGACAAAAAGUUUGUAUGAUGCAUGGUCAGGAUGGCUAGUAGUCACACUAACCGGUUUGGCAUCAGGGGCAUUGGCAGGAUUAAUUGACAUUGCUGCUGACUGGAUGACUGACUUAAAGGAAGGCAUUUGCCUUAGUGCUUUGUGGUUUAACCAUGAGCAGUGUUGUUGGGGUUCAAAUGAGACAACAUUUGAAGAGAGGGAUAAAUGUCCCCAGUGGAAAACAUGGGCAGAACUAAUAAUUGGGCAAGCAGAAGGCCCAGGUUCGUACAUAAUGAACUAUAUAAUGUACAUUUUCUGGGCUUUGAGCUUUGCCUUCUUAGCAGUUUCUCUGGUGAAGGUGUUUGCUCCCUAUGCCUGUGGCUCAGGAAUACCUGAGAUAAAAACUAUUUUGAGUGGCUUCAUCAUCAGAGGCUACUUGGGGAAGUGGACUUUGAUGAUAAAAACAAUUACUUUAGUCUUGGCUGUUGCAUCGGGUUUGAGUUUAGGAAAAGAAGGUCCCUUGGUACAUGUUGCCUGCUGCUGUGGGAAUAUUUUUUCCUACCUCUUCCCAAAGUACAGCACAAAUGAAGCUAAAAAAAGAGAGGUGUUGUCAGCUGCCUCAGCAGCAGGGGUAUCUGUAGCCUUCGGUGCACCCAUUGGUGGAGUCCUUUUCAGUCUGGAGGAGGUCAGUUACUAUUUCCCACUGAAAACUUUAUGGAGAUCAUUUUUUGCUGCUUUAGUAGCUGCAUUUGUUUUAAGGUCCAUCAAUCCUUUUGGUAAUAGCCGCCUUGUUCUUUUUUAUGUGGAAUACCACACUCCUUGGUACCUUUUUGAACUGCUUCCUUUCAUUCUUCUGGGAGUAUUUGGUGGGCUCUGGGGAGCAUUUUUCAUCCGAGCAAACAUUGCAUGGUGUCGUCGACGCAAAUCUACGAAAUUUGGGAAGUACCCUGUCCUGGAGGUUAUUAUUGUUGCAGCAAUAACAGCUGUCAUUGCAUUCCCUAAUCCAUACACAAGGCUAAACACCAGUGAGCUUAUUAAAGAGCUCUUCACAGACUGUGGGCCGUUAGAAUCCUCUUCCCUCUGUGACUACAGAAAUGAUAUGAACGCAAGCAAAAUAGUAGAUGAUAUUCCUGAUCGUCCAGCAGGCACUGGAGUCUAUUCAGCUAUAUGGCAGUUGUGUUUAGCGCUCGUAUUUAAAAUAAUCAUGACAGUCUUCACCUUUGGUAUCAAGGUUCCAUCUGGGUUGUUCAUACCCAGUAUGGCAAUUGGAGCAAUAGCUGGAAGAAUUGUUGGAAUUGCAGUGGAGCAGCUGGCUUACUACCAUCAUGACUGGUUCAUUUUCAAGGAAUGGUGUGAAGUUGGAGCUGACUGUAUUACACCUGGUCUUUAUGCCAUGGUUGGAGCUGCUGCAUGCUUAGGUGGUGUGACAAGAAUGACUGUGUCCCUCGUAGUUAUUGUCUUUGAGCUGACAGGAGGGCUGGAAUAUAUUGUGCCUCUAAUGGCUGCAGUCAUGACCAGUAAGUGGGUAGGAGAUGCCUUUGGUAGGGAAGGCAUCUAUGAGGCACACAUCCGACUGAAUGGAUAUCCUUUCUUGGAUGCAAAGGAAGAGUUUACUCACACAACCUUGGCUGCUGAUGUUAUGAGACCUCGAAGAAGCGACCCACCCUUAGCUGUUCUGACACAGGAUAAUAUGACAGUCGAAGACAUAGAAAACUUAAUCAACGAAACCAGCUAUAAUGGUUUUCCUGUUAUUAUGUCAAAAGAAUCACAGAGACUGGUGGGCUUUGCUCUAAGAAGAGAUCUAACUAUUGCAAUAGAAAGUGCUAGAAAGAAGCAGGAAGGGAUUGUUGGCAGUUCCAGGGUCUGUUUUGCCCAGCAUACCCCAUCGCUUCCAGCAGAAAGCCCUCGACCUUUGAAGCUUAGAAGCAUACUUGAUAUGAGCCCUUUCACCGUGACAGACCACACACCAAUGGAAAUCGUGGUGGAUAUUUUCCGGAAGUUAGGUCUGAGGCAGUGCCUUGUCACACACAAUGGGAUUGUCUUGGGGAUCAUCACAAAGAAGAACAUAUUAGAGCAUCUCGAGCAACUAAAGCAGCACGUCGAACCCUUGGCGCCUCCUUGGCAUUAUAACAAAAAAAGAUAUCCUCCGUCAUAUGGCCCAGACGGCAAACCAAGACCCCGCCUCAAUAAUGUUCAACUGAAACCCAUAGCUGAGGAGAGAGAGGAAACGGAAGAGGAGGUUCAUUUGUUGAAUAGCACAACACUUUAGUCUGAGGGAUACUUCUAAAAUCAGAGACGAGAGCUGGGUUUUUGUGUAACAGUGCUGCUGGCAAUCAAUCAGGAGUUGGUCUGGGGGAAUACGUGGCGAGGAGGAAGGCUGAUGGGAGCAUGGGAAGGGAGGAGCUGCUGUCCUGCACUGGAUGCGUCCCGAGACGUCAGGUCUGCCAUGAUAGUGCAGUGGGUGAGCCGUGCGAGGUGGCACAAUUCUCCCGCCCCAGCCUGGUACUUCAGCAUUGAAGAGGUGUGUUAUUAGUCCCUGUUUCUGGAGGGAUUGUUCUGAAUUGAGCCAUCUUACGGAGACUGAAAGGUCUUGCCCUUUUUACCAUUGAAAACUGUUGUGUUAACUCAUGAAAAUGUGUUAAUUAUUACACGUCACCUUUCUACAUUCCAGAAGAGCUUUAUUUCUCUCUCUCCUGAGCCGUAACAAAGCCUCUUUAAAAUUGGUGUGCCCUGUUGAAGCAGUUGUUUCUCAUAUUGAGAUGUAUUGUGAGUUACUGAGGUCAGAUUGCGAGAAGGGAGGUUUUUCUUGUGCCAUUAAACGCAUAAGUUUGUACAUCAUGGAAUGGUUGGAGCAGUACAGACCCACUGCAUCAAAACCAGGUUGAACAGGUAGUACCUUGCAAGAAUGAUGUGAAACUUCUUUCAACCCUGUGUGCUGUUGUGAUAUGAAAGAAAUUAAAACCAGGUGAAACUAGUGUUUCAAAGGAAAAUACUGGGUUGGUUGCAGAGAAUAUCAGUAACGUGACCUGAUCUUAUGCAAUUUUUUUAUUAUUGAGAACACUAUGAUGAUAUAUACCAAUGUUGUGCAGUAUAAAGAAAGUACUGCUAUUCCACUAGUUAAGAGCUGGAAUAAUUCUGUAUACGUGUAUCUGGUAAAAACUGCAUGCUACAACACUGGAGAUCCUUCCCCUGCUCCUGACCCACUCUGCCCCUAAAACUUGAGAACGGUCAUUUCUUAAUUUUUCUUGUCCACAAAAGGUGUUCCACUGCUGACAUGGUAGGAAGAAAUGUAACUCAUAACUUGCACUAAAUGUAUAUUAUUUUUCUCGGAGUUUUACCAUUCUUUAUUUAUAUUUGUAUGGAUUGAAAGAAAUCUGUUAAAUAUGAAUCAGUUAAUAUCUCACAUAACUAAUUACCUUUUUAAUGUGAUUUUAUAGAAUAAUUCAUAAUCCUCUGCAAGUAACGGAGGAUUAACAAAUGUUUACAACUAGAUGAAGGGUUAAACAAAAUGGUUUCUUUGUGCUCCAACAUGCAUAUAUGAUCAUUUUCAAAUGUAACUCUCACUGCCGUUACCUUCACAUUUCCUUUUCCUUUUACUAAGCAGAUAACUGGAACAGCAAUACUCAAAUUUUAUUACAAAAAACCAAAACCAGAACACUGCAGGGUUUUAAAAAUAAUAGGAAGAAAGCAACUAUUAGGCUUCUUGCUACUUUUUCCACAAGUAUAGAGGGAUGUAAAUGGUAUGUAGCCACAGAAGAUAAGCAGCAGGGUAGAAUCAAAUACUUGAAACUUUGGCAGGACUUGAAAAUUCAGCAGCAACACACAGGCUAGCAGGUGACGUGAUUGAUCCCCACCUACUUUACUUUCUUCUUUCCAAUCACUGCCUUGUUUGGUAUUCUCUGUAUCAGGUCACCACAAACAAAACAUGUGCAAAGGGAAAAAGGCAGUAUGCUGUAAGCUUAAAGAAGUGAGGAAAAUUAAGAAACCUGCCUGGUAAAAAGCAUGCUGUGUUACUGAGGAUUACACAAAAUAUCCUUUUAAAAAUUGUGCCAACAAGACUGCAACAUUUGAAAAUGCCUACAAUAAUAGGUCUCUCUAAGGCAUUCCUUAAAGUUACUUCCGAUGUCUUCAUUUGCAAAGUACUGUCUGAAAUACAGAAACUUAUCAAACCAAAUUCUGGUACUUUUGGCAAGCUUCAGAAUAGUGCCUGUGCUUAAGUGCUCUGCUGAAGUCUUACCGUUUUUUUUAUUGUGAUUUUUUUUUUUGUGAGUACAAACCUGCCAUCUACUUCUCCUCUGCUGCAGCAGCUAGAACCAGCAGGAAGUGGAAUGUGCCUCUGGGCUGAUACUAGUUGGCCCACAGGGUUUGGAAAUAGAAUAGGAAAUUGGCUUGGUUUUAAAAUGGAAGUGUUGCACCAACUGGCUGUACUCUUCAAUGUGAAGUCAGUGCCAGCGGUUCUAAAUUUGUUAAAUUGCAUAAGCUGAAGGAAACUCUUUGCUACAAGGCAGCUCUGGAAGUUGUCUGUGAUACCAGUUUCUAUUGCCUAAAUUUUUCCUACAGUGGAAGAAUAGAAGUGCUACACAUUUGAAAUGUCUGCCCUGUCAGUGUUCUCACUGAAUGCUGCUGCAUCUGCUGUAAUAACUUGCACCCAAUUCUACAGGCCCUGCUCUCUAAAUUAAAAUACAUCUCUCACUCCUGCUGUUUUAUAAUUUCAGUAUGGAUCUGAAGUGCUGCAUAUAAGUUGUGUAUCUCUGCUCUUCUUACCUGCUAAGCUUUCCCUGUUGACAUUUAAAAUGUCCACAGGUAAGCAAGCGUAUGUUGGAGGUUCUGAUUAUGAAGUGUGUGUGCCUGUGCUGUGCAACAAGAGUUUUCUAACAUUAAAACUUCCAGCGCCUUACUCAAGUUACUAAUUUGGAAAAAAAGCAAAAUGUGGUGGAUGGGAAGGGGAAAGUGUCAGCAUUUUUAAAAAUAUUAUUUUAUUUUUAGACCAUUUCAGUUACUGGUUCAUGAAGAAUGCAUUCUUUGUUAAUCUGUGAUGUUGCAUAGAGCUGUAUUUAAUAUUGAUCUUAAUGUUUUUAUUUAUAGUAGUGUGGUAGAGCUGCAUAUCAUUACAGUAAAAAUUCAGAUUACUGUAAUGAUUUAAGCAAACAUUAAAAACUUCUGUAUGACCA